AUGUCUGGAGCGAGUAGAUCGGGCGCGACGGUAGCGGUGGAAUUGCGGGGCUAUAGGAAGCCCCCGAGGCGGCGACGGUGAGGUCUUUGGAUUCUGGAAGCAGAUGCACUUUAAAUCUCCCUUCUAUCAGCAAGCUGCUUGACAGCUGGGAACAAGAAAGAUGGAAGAUGAGCUGACAAUGGAGAUUCAGAGCUUUGACCCAGAUCAAAAUCUUUGUUCUGUGACAAAUGAAUCAAGUCAGCAACCCUUGUGCCAGGAAGCCCCUUCGCCCAAGUUGUCUGUGAGUGAGCUGAGCAAGGAGUUAGAGUCAAAGAGUGAGCUGAUAGAUGACAAAGAGUUUGAUAUUCCUCAGGUCGAUACUCCUCCAACACUGGAAAGUAUUUUAAAUGAGACUGAUGAUGAAGAGGAGCCAUUUGUUCUUGAAGAUCCUUCUCUUCUAAACAUUGAUAACAUUGACACACAUUCCUAUGAUACUUCAUCUGUAGCAAGCUCUGACAGUGGAGACAGGACACACUUGAAAAGGAAGAAGAAACUUCGUGAUUCUUUCUCUGUCCAUGGCUCAGUUAUACGAUUGUCACUUUUGAAAGGAAUUUCCGCACAGAUAGUUUCUGCAGCAGCUAAAGUAGAUGCUGGAUUACCUACUGCAAUAACAGCAUCAAGUCUCAUUGCAGUUGGAACAUCACAUGGUCUAGCACUGAUAUUCGAUCCUAACCAGGCUCUUCGGCUUUGUUUGGGCAGUACUGCAGUGGGAGCACAGUAUGGGGCUAUAUCUGCUCUUAGUAUCAACAAUGAUUGUUCAAGACUACUUUGUGGCUUUGCCAAAGGACAGAUUACAAUGUGGGAUCUGGCCAGUGGAAAGCUUUUGAGAUCCAUAACAGAUGCUCAUCCUCCAGGAACAGCGAUUUUGCAUAUUAAGUUUACAGAUGACCCAACUCUAGCAAUUUGCAAUGACAGUGGGGGCUCAGUAUUUGAACUGGCAUUCAGGAGAGUCAUGGGCGUGAGAACAUGUGAGUCACGCUGCUUGUUCAGUGGUUCUAAAGGAGAAGUUUGCUGUAUUGAGCCAUUACAUGCAAAGGCUGAGCUGAGAGACCAUCCCAUCACCCAAUACUCUUUACUUGCAAUGGCUUCUUUAACAAAGAUCCUUGUCAUUGGAUUGAAGCCAUCUCUGAAAGUAUGGAUGACUUUCCCUUAUGGUCGUAUGGACCCAUCCAGUGUUCCAUUGCUGGCAUGGUAUUUUGUUGCUGUUCCAACAUCUGUGAAUCCUGUCCUUGCCUUCUGUCGAGGAGAUGUUGUCCAUUUCCUUCUGGUAAAAAGAGAUGAUUCUGGGGCAAUACAUGUUACAAAGCAGAAACAGCUACAUCUGCACUAUGAUCUCAUCAAUUUUACUUGGAUAAACUCCCGUACCAUUGUGCUUCUGGACAGUGUGGAAAAGCUGCAUGUGAUAGAUCGUCAGACACAGGAGGAACUUGAGACUGUGGAGAUCUCAGCUGUUCAGUUAGUUUAUAACAGCAGCCACUUCAAAUCACUUGCAACAGGAGGCAAUGUCAGCCAAGCACUGGCACUGGUCGGGGAGAAGGCUUGCUAUCAGUCGAUCAGCAACUGUGGUGGUCAAAUCUUUUAUUUAGGUACAAAGUCUGUUCAUGUGAUGACACUGAGAAGCUGGAGAGAGAGAAUAGAUCACCUUCUGAAACAAGAUUGCCUUAAUGAAGCACUGGCUCUUGCUUGGUCUUUUCAUGAAGGGAAAGCCAAGGCUGUUGUAGGAUUGUCUGGGGAUGAAUGCAAACGGAAGGCUGUUGUUGCAGACAGAAUGGUUGAAAUCCUUAUCCAUUAUGCUGAUCGAACUAUGAAGAAAUGUCCUGAACAUGGUAAAAUCCAAAUUAUGGAGCAGCAUUUUCAGGAUAUGGUCCCUGUUAUUGUUGAUUACUGUCUUCUGCUUCUGCGGAUGGAUCUGUUGUUUAGCCAGAUGUAUGACAAGAUGAGUGAAAAUUCUGUGGCAAAGGGUGUCUUUCUGGAGUGUCUUGAACCAUACAUUUUAAGUGAUAAAUUGGUGGGAAUCACGGCUCAAAUUAUGAAAGAUUUGCUGCUGCACUUUCAAGAUAAGAAUUUAAUGGCAAACAUGGAGGCUUGUAUUGUGCAUAUGGAUAUCACCAGCCUAGACAUCCAACAGGUUGUCCUCAUGUGUUGGGAAAACCGUCUAUAUGAUGCAAUGAUCUAUGUCUAUAAUAGUGGAAUGAAUGACUUUAUUACUCCAAUGGAGAAAUUGUUCAAGGUCAUUGCUCAUCCACUCAGUGCUGGAAAGUCUCUCUCAGAUGAGCAAGUCAUUAUGGGCAACAAACUUCUUGUCUAUAUAAGUUGCUGUUUGGCAGGUCGAGCUUAUCCACUGGGCAAUAUCCCUGAAGAUCUGGUACCCUUGGUAAAAAACCAGGUUUUUGAAUUUCUCAUUCGUUUGCACUCAGCUGAAGCCCCAGCAGAUGAAGAAGUUUACCCCUAUGUUCGCACGCUGCUUCACUUCGAUACACGGGAGUUCCUUAAUGUUCUUGCACUGACAUUUGAAGACUUUAAGAAUGAUAAACAAGCUGUGGAGUACCAACAGAGAAUUGUCGACAUCCUUCUCAAGGUUAUGGUGGAAAACUCUGAUUUUACUCCAUCACAAGUUGGAUGUCUUUUCACUUUCCUUGCCCGGCAGCUGGCUAAACCCAACAACACAUUGUUUGUGAACAGGACACUUUUUGACCAGGUCCUUGAAUUUCUCUGCAGUCCUGAUGAUGAUUCACGACACUCUGAAAGACAGCAGGUUCUUCUAGAAUUACUUCAAGCUGGAGGCAUAGUACAGUUUGAAGAAAGCAGACUAGUUCAAAUGGCAGAAAAAGCAGAAUUCUAUCAAAUUUGUGAGUUUAUGUAUGAACGGGAACAUCGCUAUGAUAAGAUAAUUGAUUGCUACUUACGUGAUCCAUUGAGAAAGGAAGAAGUUUUCACCUAUAUCCACAAUAUACUCUCCAUUCCUGGAUAUAGUACAGAAGAAAAGCAGUCUGUGUGGCACAAAGCUAUGAAGCACAUUGAGGAGCUAAUAUCUGUGUGUCCCCUGAAAGCAGCAGAUCUGAUUUCCAUUCACUUCAGUGACCAGAUUGAGGAAAUAAUUCAGAACCUCCAGGAUCAAUGUUUGCUUUUCCAGUUUUUGAAAAGCCUGCUUGACCCAAGGGAAGGUAUAAAUCAAGACUUGUUUCAGCUUUCUCCCUCUGUUACUGAACAGUUUAUUGACCUGCUGUGUCAGUAUGAUCCUGACCAGGUUUUAGCAACUUUGCCAUUCCUGGAUUCCUGCCGGCUAGAAGAGACAAUUCAGGUCACACAGAAAUACCAACUUCAUGAAGCUUCUUCCUACUUACUUGAGAAGAAAGGAGACAUUCAUGGUGCCUUCUUAGUUAUGCUUGAGUGGCUACAAAGCAAGCUGUUGACACUCGUAGGUGAAGAUGAAAAUUCAGUACAAUUUCCUUCAUUAAAGGAUAUUGAAGAUACCUUAACGAAAACUGUUGCACUUUGUCAGAGGAAUUCACAUAAGUUGAAUCAACAGCAACGGGAGGCACUGUGGUUUCCACUCUUGGAGGCAAUGAUGUCUCCACAAAGGUUAUCUAGUUAUACAGUACUGGGUCAUUACUCAGAAUUUUUGAAGAACUUGACAAUGCAAGUGCUGAACAAUAUGGCAGCAUUUAUUGCCCUUCCACUGAUUUUACAGAGAAUUCUGCAGGAUCCAGUGUAUGGAAGAGGAAAACUUGGAGAAAUUCAGGGUCUUGUGCUGGGAAUGCUAGACAGUUUUAACUAUGAGCAGACCCUUUUGGAGACGACCACUAGCCUGCUCAACCAUGAUCUCCACUGGUCAUUACGUAAUUUGAAGGCAUCUGUGACUAGAGGACUCAACCCCAAGCAAGAUUACUGCUGUAUUUGUUUGCAGCAAUACAAGAGAAGACAAGAGACUGCCGACCAAAUCAUUGUUUUCAGCUGUGGCCACUUGUACCACUCUCUAUGUCUGCUGAGUAAGGAGUGUGGCACUGAAGCAAAGGGACAGAUGAGAUGGACUUGCUUUAAAUGCAAUGCGAGUAACAAAGGUGGAAAACUAAGUGAGAUUUCCUCCGAGAGGAAAAAGGGAGCUCCAAUAUAUCUGGCACAGACCACUUCAGAGUCCCCGUUGGAUCCCCAGCAAGCUCAAGCAUUUGACCAGCUCUGUCGUCUGUACCGAGGGACAUCCAGGUUGGCUCUUCUGACUGAACUCUCUCGAGAUCGUGGUGGUGAGAAACAUGGGCUCCUCCAUUUCUCCCAGGGUGAUCCUGCUCUGAAUAGUGUCUUUCAGAAUGAGACUUUCCAACUUCACCUCGCUCCUCCCCCUCUUCUGGAUGACUAGUCUUUGCUUGCUAGGGCAGCAGGAAAGCACUGUGAAAAAGUACUUGUGUGCCCUGAUGGUAGAAGUCUAGCUUUGAGGACUUCGCUUUAUAUGAAGUAGAUGGAAUAUUGCAACAAUGCAGAAUCUCUGUGUUCAUUUAUUGUUCUCCCCUUGUGGUUUUGCUUAACAAAGCAGAUGGAACAUCAAAA